GGCGAAGUGGCAACCCCCUCGCCGCCCGCCCCGAAGACCUGCGCGAAAAAAAAAGCACAAAACUCCGACUGUUUUCUGGUCUUGUGGCAGCCUUAUCGCCUCUCUCCCCUGCAGCAGCCUGAACGAGGAACGGUGUUAGUGAUCUUGCGAGAUGGAGGGUAUAUUGGCAAACCUCAAUACGAGAGUAUUAAAAGAGCCUCGCGGGUUCAUGAAGAUCUUGCAAUUCGUAUUUGGUAUAAGUGCUUUUGCAACAACCACUAGUUUUAGCACAAAAUUCUCGUUUUUGAUGAAUUGUCCAAACAACAAUACCAUCCCAGUAUCUGGAAUUGUGGACUAUCCAUUUGCAGUUGAUUCAAUGAACCAGAACAUCCAAGUGUGUGAUGGGACCACGCAGAAGUUGUACAUAAUUGGAGACUUUUCUUCUGAUGCAGAAUUCUAUGUGGCAGUCGGAGUAUUAUCCUUCCUCUACAUCAUUGGUGCUGUGGUUCUCUAUUGUUAUUUCAGCCACAUGUAUGAAAACAAUCCUCUUGUGCCUAUGGUGGAUUGUGCUUCACACGUUUUGUUUGCCAUCUUGUGGCUGGCAGGAAGCAGUGCUUGGGCCAACAGUCUUACCAACCUUGGAAUGGCUACAAGUGUCAAUAACAUCAUAGAAGAUAAUUCAGUCUUCUGUAAACCUAAGAUCUGCAUUGGUGAGAAGGAACCCAAUUAUUCAAAGCUAGUCAUAUCUGUGAUUCUUGGAUUCUUGAAUGUGUUCCUGUGGGCAAGCAACCUGUGGUUCCUGUACAAGGAAACUCACUACUUCAAGGCCAAGACGCAGAACCAGGCAGAUGGUACCAACCCCAUGGGAGCUGCUUGAGGUGUGCAGGGACGAGUACAUCCAGAGGGAGUUUGGAUCGUAUUGAAGGAGGUGCAUGAGCAUCAUCGGUUACUCAGAAGUGCCCUCUUAUGGUUUCCUUUUUGCCAAACUCAGAUUUAAGCAUCUGACAUGAUUUUUUUUUUUUUUUUUUAUUAUCUUUUUUUUUUUGUUAUGUUUUGUUUUGUCUAGUUCAGCUUUUCAACUUUUUUUAUACAGCAGAUUUGUAUAAUUGUAAUAAAUUAGUGAUUUCCCCCCCCCCCCUUUUUUUUAUAGGAGAUUUUAUGUACCUGAGUUUAUGUUGAUAUUCAGAUAAUUAUGUGCAAGAUCUGAAAAUGUAAUUUCUAUUCAUAACCUGUACUCCUCUAAUUUAAUAAGAUUACUUGUUAAGUUUCAUUUGAAAUACAAAGAAUAGAUUUGAGAAUAUUCAAAUAAAUAAUAAAAAAGUUUUUUUUCUACCUUGGUAUGUUGUGAAUUAUGGUUUAUUUUUCUUGCUUAAGAAGCACACAGUCAGAAUCACAUAAAAGAAUCAGACUUAAAACUGACACAGAACCAGUGUAAGUAGUGAGAUAAUAAAUUGCAACCUUAAAAGCAUGAUUAUUUUCUAAGGUGUAGGCAUCUGUUCAAGGCAGAUCAUCUCUUGAUUAAGAUAUGCAAGUCGAUCAUAUAUUGAUUGCAGCAUCACUUCAACCCGAGUGAACGUGAAAAUAAACAUGCCUUUAAUGUUGCCCUCCACCCACUUCUUCUUCUUCUUUUUUUUUUUUUUUUUUUUUUACUUUGUGUUUGUAAACUGCUGUAUAGUGUAAAAUUCUACCUUUCUCUGUGACCCAAUAUUAGACCAAGAUGUACAACAUUACAGAAAUAUAGUAGUUCACAAAAAUGUUAAAUGGUGUGUAUUCAUAAAGAGUAUGUACAUAAUCAUGCAACUAAAUGAAUACCUUUUGUGAAGACAAUGUUGUCAUUUGUGGUCUUUCAAGUGUGUUUGUAGCUGAUAGUUAUUGUAAUUGUUAGAACACAUUUGUUAUUGAUGUUCCAAUUCAUAAUUCAAUUAUUUCACUUUGAUAUGAGUAUGAUAAUGUGAAAUAAAUGUAUAAGAAUUCAUUAUAUCUUUGCAAUACUGAUCCAUCCAGGACCUACCUGUUUGCCAUAUCUCUUACACAAUUUAUUAUUUGUGAAAAUUGGUGUGUGCUUGCAUCUAUACAGACAUAUGCACUCAUAUUUCCACUUCCAGCAAAAUAGGAGCCCUCAUAUGCAGACUGGUGCUUGUACAUAACUUUUUUACUAAUCCAAAAUCAUGGUUGUGCCAAAACUGCUACAUCUGCAGUCAGCUUUUUGCCACCUCACCAUCACUAGAGGUGUUCCUGUUAUGUAGCAUAGUAGAACACUUAUGAUUGCAGUUACUAGCUUUGCUCAUACACUUUGUAUUCUUGGUUGAUUUUAGUCCUGUUGCAAAAAGUUCUCUCAGGAAAUAGUUCCAGUAAUAAUGUCUUUGGCUAGAGUAAGUAAAUGAUGAUCAUCUGUCAUGUGUAUGUUUGUUCUCAGACAGGAGGAGAGAGUCAAUGCUUUUUUAUUAAUGAAAUAAUGUAGAAGAAAGUAUGUAAAUGAUAAGGAUACUUACAGCUUGGUCCAAGCACAUGAGUAAAGUUGUCCAGUUGGUAAGUGUGAUGUUAUAUUUUGUUGCCUUUCUGUGAGUACCAUAACCAGAGAUGCCAAAAAAUGGCACUUUUUCUGAUUGUUGACUGACACACUGAUAUCUAGCUUGGACUGAAAAGAAGUGGAAGAUACAGAGAAUGGCAGACAAGGAGGCACUGGUUGGAAAAGCAGUGGAAGACCAAAGAAGUUAUUAAUCAAACUGCUCUGUAUGAAUUCCUCAUGUUGAAUGCUGAAAUUAGUUUUGUUAAUAAAGAUAUUUUCUGGUAUAAAUGGUUCAGAAAUUAGUUUUCUCAAAGGAUAUUUUUGUACUUGGUCUCAAUUUCUGGUAAUGUUGAAAUACAUCCAGUGAAGCUGAGUGAUGCAAAGAAGACCACAAUAUUUUUCUGUACUCAAUACCUGUCAAGAGACAAUGUCUGGUUUGCCUGAGUUUUAUUGCAAGUAUUGAAGGAAAUUUAUGCUCUCAGUUCUAUUUCUUUGUAAAAUUUUAUGGAAGUUUUUGUAAGGGCUUUGCCUCUUUUUAUUACAAAUGAUUAGCCAUAAAGGAUGUAACAUUUUGCUUUCAGUGAUUUGAUAAAUGAGAUCUUUGCACUCUAGGGAAUGUGUUGGAGCGGUAUUAGAUUACCUCUAAAGACAAACUGUACUGUGUAGAAAAAAAUAAUAGUAUUAGAAAAAGCAAAAGGAAAAAAAAGGGUAACAGAAAAUUAGAAACUGUUGAAUUGGUAAAAUAUCAGUAAAAGAUUAUUGUCAUAUUUCAAGGCAAGUUGUAUGCAUAACAAAAUCGCAUAGAAUGUAACUGUACUCUUCAUUUUUGUCUGGUAUCCUUGCAAAUUAUUAAUACUAAUUAUGUAGAAAAGGUUUUGAAGUACUUGUGUAAAUCAAUUUUAUGCAAGGGGAUUGAAAAAAGUUUUGUUAUAUUGAAUACGUAGCUUAAAAUGAAAUGGUAGGAUGAAGGCAAUAUAUAUGAUUUGCUUAUGUUAUGCAUAUGGCAAGUAAUAUUAAAUGAACUGAAGUGUAUUAGAGCAUUAAAUUGUUCAUUAAUAAUGCAAUUAGUCAAGUUUGUUUAUGAUCCCUGUACACAUUCUCAGAAGUAUAUAGAGCAAGUCUUUUGUGAGGUCCUUACAGUGUAAUGAAGAACAAUAGUCUAUGCAGUCUUUUUAAUGCUCAACAUAUCUCGGAUUUCUUUUCUUUCUGUCAUUCUUUGAAAGCUGUAUUUAUUGAUUUUAUUUUUUUUUAUAUAUUGCAAUAUUUGUGUUCUCACUCAUUUUUAUUUAUUUCUUCUUGUUAGUCAGUUAUGGUAAAUGAUUUUAUUGAACAAGAAUGUUUCUCAGCUCAUUUUCAGAAACUAAGAUCUCCUCUCUGCUUUUGGUAACCUUCAUUUUCAUCCAUCACUUUUUAAUAGUGGUUGCACAUGAGCAGGCAGCUUGUAUUAUGUCAGGGCUAUAUUUUCUGGUUAUUUUCUUGGUUGAUUUUGAAACUGAAAGGUAAUGAUUUAGAUUUUUUUUAUAUAUAUAUAUGUAUAUAAAAUUUGAUAUGAUGUGACUGACUGUAACUUGUUACUAUGAAGCUGACUUUUUUAUAAUUAAUCAUGGUUUUUUUUUACUGACUGCUGGCUAAUACGACAGUACUGUAAGGAUUUUAUUUAUAAGAAGUGAGGAUGAAUCACAAUUUUCUUUAAUUAUUCUCCUUAUUAUGAAAGGUGGUUAUGAUUAAUUUGAUCAACUUGAUCUCCUUGGUAUAUGCAUCGACUCCUUCAACGAAAGUCAUCAGUUAUACAGUAUACUCAUUUUAAGCACCAUCUCAGUCUAAACAUAAAGUGGACAAGAACAUUGACCAAAGGAGUAGCUCAGAAUUAGGGGCAAUGAUGUUUUUGCUGCUCAUUUCCUGUAUGUGCAUAGGUUUAAUUCUUGUUAGUUGAGUAGGUGUUCCACUGCACAUUUUUCUCCAAGGUACUGAGUUACCGAUCAGUGUAUAAGAAUAAAUAUAAGAUUAACAGGUCUUCUAGAGUGUUGUUUGCCAUGCACUUCACUGUAAUUAAGGUUAUUACAGUUUUAAGGCAACUGUCUAAUUUCUGCUUGUUCUGAUUGCUAGUGUUUAAUAUGGAUAUUUAUAUUUGACAUGCCAUUGAACUUUGCUUACAAAUAAGAGAUUGAGGAUUGAAAAAAAACAAUUUCAUUGACAUCUCCAUUUAUCUACUCUACAGUAAGGGUGUCUAGUUGCCUGUCUGGCUAUCAUUCAAGUGUCUGUGGUUGUAAAGUUAACAAGAUGCAUCAUCUGUUGUUUUACAGGCAUGUACAGAUAAGCAGGCCUGAUCAGUGGGCAUGUCUGAAAAUUCAUGUCAGGAUUGGGCAGACUACUGGCUGAACAUCCAAUUUGCAAAUGGAAUUGCAGUAGUUUCCCGACCUCUGAAGUCCCUUUCCAAGCAUGCUUCUCGAUCAAGCUGACUUGUCUGGAAAUGCUUAAAGAUUUUUUUUUUUUUUUUUUUAUAUGAACUCCUCUUUUGUCUGCUAGAAAUUGCAAACUAAAAUGUGUGCUUAAAGCAUUAACUGCAAAGCCUUCUUUACACACUGUCCUAUUAUGGAGUUCAAAAAGGUACAAUAAGUAACUUUUCCAUACUGUUUCACUUGCUUAUCGAUCAUAAGAACACAAAAUGGGGUUAAGGACUGCCUACAUAACAUGCAAAUCCAGUUCUCUCCUAUCUUUCUUACUUUUUUUUAUAAGUAGUAGUAGGUUGAGCAAUUAUAAUUUUUUCUCUUGCAUCCAUGUAUGUAUGCAAAAUUCUGUCUGAUUAAUUUCUAUAGUAAAUUUAAAAAGGUGCUGUAAGCCCUGUCCACUUAAGUGAACAGUGUCUUGUGAACACAAUCAAGAAUUCUUUUUCACCGACUCACAAGAAAAUGCUUGUGUAAGAGCUGGAGUGAAAGCACUAGGCAUUGCCCUUACAGAGUGAAGAGUUGCACUUCCAGACAUGGUAUUUGCCAUUCUUAUUGCCAGUAAUAUCAAGUAAUGGUAAUAUUUGCAUUUACAGAAACAGAAGUAAUUAGAAAAAAGAGGACAGCAUUUCUCAAUAUUGAUAAAUCUACAUUAUUUAAUGAAAGGGAGGAGAGAAAGGAGGGCAUACGGUGUAGGGAUGAUGGAAAGCAAAGCCUGCCAGACACUGCUACGUGGACAACAAUAACUGUGUCUACAGACUUUCUCCUGUGGCAGAGAGACAGACUACUGACUCUUGUUCAUUUGUGUGGACAGGCUAUAAGCACUGGCAUGCCACUUGGUUUAUAGAUUGUUAGGCAAGUGAUCUCUGGUAAUGAACCCUAUUUAAGUACAGCUUUAUGUGAGGAGUGUUCUCUUGUUCAGAUGAGACUAUAUUUAUCUCUGAGUGUGUAUGCUAUAUCCUCUGAAUGCACUUAAGAUGUUCAAAAUAUAAAAGACACUAAAAUCAGUUAGCUUAAAACUGCUUUUUAACUAACAGCCUCUUAUCAAUAUAAGUAAUCAGCAGAGAAAAAGAAAAGAGAAAAAGCGAAUUAACAGGGGGGGAAAAACAAAGUUAGAUGGUUGCCUUAAAUCUUUUGUGCUUAAUUUAUAUUUUGUACAGGUGUUUAGCUGCUUGUUAUGGUAUUUUUAAUAUAUAUAUAAUAGAUAACCUUUUGAGCAUUAAGUUACUUUAUAAUCUUGUGGUUAUAAUAGCAAUAUAAAAAUUUCCAGAUCCAUUCCAAAAUUAUAUAACAUUUUUUGGCAGAAAAGUAGCUGUAGGCCAGGCAGAUAUAAACAGUUGUAAUGUGCUUAAUAGAUAACAAACUUAGAGAAAAAUGUGUUUUCAAAACAUGUCACAUAAUUCAAAUUAUUGUAUCUUUCUCUUAUUUAGAAAACUGUAUUAGUAGUAAAGUAAUGCAGAAAAUAACAUAUAUGGGAGCAACACAACCAGGUGUAGGUGCACUCAAAGUAGUUACAAGAAGAAUGGGUAUACUGCUGCAGUCUGUAUGCUUUUGCCCGAGUGAAUAUUUAUGAACUUCUUUGCUUUCAGUAAUAAGUAUUUAUGUGCUUGCUUAUUAUGAAACUAUGAGAAGAAACAAACUAUAUAUUUUUUUUUCUUUCUUGAUUGUUUGUAAAUACUGCAUUUCUGUGUAUAGAUGAUCCAACUGGAAAGUAGGAUAAACACACUGUGUUCAUUGUAUUUUGUCAGUUACUGGUUACAGGAGAUAGAUAUAAUUGUAAGAUUGCCUAAGUAUCAAGAGUAUUGAUUACUUUACAGGAGGUGUAUGUGAAUAGUCUAUGGAAUAUAUUUAUGGAUUUUAAAGAGAUUUAUUCUAUAUUUUGAAUUAUUUCUAUUUUGUUAGAAGGAUAUUUAAUGAUCCAUGAUUUUACCAGAGGAAACAGUAAUGAUUUUUCUUUUUCUUUCUAUAACUAAGGUGAAAUACAUUAUUUAUAUGUAUUUUGUUCUAUAUGUGUGGGUGAUUAUUAUUCAUUACAUAUUUAGAGUUCAUAUUUAGUUUGCUUAUUGAUACUUUUUGAAAAGUUUCGUACUGUAAAGAUUAUCAGUUUUUACUAGGGAGUUUUAAAGAAAAUAUAAUUUGUGUUGUUUUCAGAUGACAGGAAAUUCAUGGCUUCCUUUAGCAAAUAAAGUAAAGAGUGGC